CCAAUGAUGAAAGAUUACAACAGAGAAACUCCUUCACCUGAAGAAACCAUUAUCUUCCUUAGAAAGAUGGAGGUUCCAUCUAAGGCGAGGUGGACCCCAGACGACGUCUCCUCUACCCCAUCCUCUUCAGGGAUGCAGAGGUCCAGUUGCUCCAGUCUGAAGAUGUUCCUGGCUGCCCUGUCCUUUGCCUACUUCUCUAAGGCCUUGUCUGGGAGUUACAUGAAAAGUACGAUAACCCAGCUGGAGAGGAGAUUUGAUAUCCCAAGUUAUUUGACAGGUGUUAUCGACGGGAGCUUUGAAAUAGGUAACCUAUUGGUGAUAGCCUUUGUGAGUUAUUUUGGUGCCAAGCUUCACCGACCUAAGAUCAUAGCGAUCGGAUGUGUCCUGAUGUCAUGUGGGACGUUCCUCAUCGCCAUGCCUCAUUUUAUUUUAGGACGCUAUAAGUUCCAAUCGACAGUUAGAGCGUCCAUGAAUUCAACCACUACCUUCGGUCCGUGUCCAGCAAGCUCAGCUGAGUCCACACAGGCAGGUGACAAGGCCUCUAUACUGCCGUCUGUAGGCUGUGAGCAAGAGUCCAGUGUGUCUAUGUGGAUCUAUGUGUUCCUGGGUAAUGUGUUAAGAGGGAUAGGAGAGACGCCUGUACAUCCGCUGGGAAUCUCCUAUAUAGACGACUACGCCAGGCCUGAGAAUGCAGCCCUUUACAUUAGCUGUGUCCAGACCAUAUCAAUCAUAGGUCCCAUCUUUGGCUACUUACUAGGAUCCUUGUGUGCCAAGAUAUACGUUGACAUAGGAUACGUGAACAUGGAGACUAUCACCAUCACCCCAGGCGAUGCCCGCUGGGUGGGGGCGUGGUGGCUGGGGUACCUCAUAGCCGGGGCUAUCACCCUGAUGUCUGCUGUACCCUUCUGGUUCCUGCCCAAGUCGCUGCCUAUUCCCGUGGAUAAGCAACUUAAUGCCAACUUCACCCCUGAACAGACCAGGUUCAUCAAGGACUCUCCCUCAGCCAUGGAACAUAAGUUUAGACCAGAGGAACCGGCCAACUUCCACCAAAUGGCUAAAGAAUUUGUUCCAACAUUGAAGAGCCUACUGGGAAGUCCAGUCUAUAUAACCUACCUCUGCGUGACUAUUAUUCAAUUCAACUCUCUCAUCGGCAUGGUAACCUACAAGCCCAAAUACAUUGAGCAACAUUACGGAAAGUCAGCAUCAAAAGCCAACUUCCUAAUGGGCAUGGUCAACAUCCCUGCAGUGGCUCUGGGGAUGUUCUCAGGGGGGGUGGUCAUGAACAAGUUCAAGCUGGGCGUCAUGGGAGCUGCUAAGUUCGCCUUCGGGACCUCCCUGCUGGGGUACUUCCUGUCCCUCUUCUUCUUCGCCAUGGGCUGUGACAAUGCCAAGGUGGCUGGGAUAACCAUGUCAUACACAGGGGUGGAGGGUCUGUCGUACCAGCAGCCAUCUCUGUUCUCUGAGUGUAACUCCGGUUGCCUGUGCUCCGGGAGUGACUGGGACCCUGUCUGUGGAGAGAACGGGAUCACUUAUGUGUCCCCCUGUUUGGCUGGCUGUACAUCCUCUACCGGAGCGGGCAAAAACACGGUGUUUAACCAGUGCAGGUGUGUGGCGGUGACAGGGGCAGGUUCUCAGCCCAGUAACCUGACUGCCUCCCUGGGUCACUGUCCAAUCAGAGACAGCUGUGACACAAUGUUCCCCUACUUCCUCUUCUUGUCUGUCAUCACUUCCUUCAUCAUCUCUCUGGGGGGAACGCCAGGCUUCAUGCUUCUCAUCAGGUGCAUUAAGCCUGAGUUUAAAUCCCUGGCUCUUGGAGUCCACACGUUGGCCACCCGGACCCUGGCUGGCAUCCCUGCACCUAUCUACUUCGGAGCCGUCAUAGACACUACCUGUUUAAAGUGGGGAAACACAACAUGUGGAAGAAGAGGAGCAUGUAGAAUCUACAACACAACAGCCUACAGGGUAGUUUACCUGGGUCUGACUAUGGGCCUGAGGACUGUCUCUUUCUUCCUGUGUAUACUGGGCUUCGCUCUACUCAGGAGGCACGUCAAGCAGGAAGAGAAAUUGACCAAUGGGAAUGUAGAGAUGGAGUUUGAGUCUCUCAGGAAAGAGGAAAGCAACAACUCUAUCCACUCUGACCAGUUUGUAAGAGCGCUGGACUGUAACCCUGACAGGGAGACUCGGCUUUGAUGGUCCUCAAUAGCUCAACAUGGCUCGACUCCAAGACGGGAUGAAACAGGUGUCGGUGUAGCGACUUUUGCCUACAUAAAGCCAGUUGUGAUCUCCCCCAAGUGGGUUAACCCUGUUGGAGUAGACUGUGUUUAGCAAGUUAGCCAACAGUCUGAGAAGCCCAUGUUUUCCCUGUCGCCGUUCAGUUCACUACAACGGUAAUCAUUUUUGACAGUACCAGUGUUCAUUAUUUUUGGGGUGAAUAUUCAGCAAAUAUAUUGUGAAAGGUGUCAGUACCCUGCGCUGGUACUCAAUACCAUUGUGUACCUGCUCCACUGACCCAAUACAUGCCAUCUCCUUUUCCGGUAUUUUUCCACCCUGAAUACAAGUGAUUUAGCGAGGAGAGACGAGCAUCAAGUAUAUUUGUACUGUAAUCCUGUAGAUGAUGUGAAAAUGUUUUUUUUUGUUUAUACAGUACCUAGUGAAAGUAUACACACCCCUUGCAGAGUAUUCACAUUUUGCUACAUUACAUGUUUUAUCUAAAAAGGGAUUACAUUAGAUAUUUUUCCUUCAGAUCUAUACAACUCCAUAUUUUCAAAAAAGUGAACGCAAGUUAAACUGAGUUAAAGUUCAUAUGAGGAAAUUUAAAUGAAUUAGACACUAAUCUAUGGAUUUCACAUGACUGUGAAUACAUAACUGAAUCUGUUGGUCACAGAUACAUUUAAAAAGGGUAGGGGGGUCAGAAAAACAGUAUCUGGUGUGACCACCAUUUGCCUCUAGACACAUCUCCUUCGCAUAUAGUUAAUCAUUCCCACUCCUCUUCAAUGGCUGUGCGACUUUCCUGGA